AAGAAAAUAAUGCUGUCACCUCUGUUAGCUCGCGGCUUGCUUCUCGAGUUGAGUGCCUGAGCGGAGCACCGCGAGUCGUACUUACACACGGAGAGGACACACUCGCAUACACACACAGCCAUGGCAGAAAACGCCGGCUUGGAAAAUCAUCGCAUUAAGAGCUUUAAAAACAAGGGCCGAGAUGUCGAGACUAUGCGGAGACAUCGUAACGAAGUAACCGUCGAACUGAGAAAGAACAAGCGAGAUGAGCACCUACUGAAAAAACGCAACGUCCCACAGGACGAAAGUCUCGAGGACUCUGAUGUAGACGCCGACUUCAAGGGGCAAAAUGUAACGCUAGAUGCCAUCCUACAGAAUGCCACCAGUGACAAUGCAGUAGUACAGCUCAGUGCUGUACAAGCAGCCAGAAAACUACUCUCCAGUGACCGAAACCCUCCGAUCGAUGACUUAAUCAAAUCUGGUAUCCUACCCAUUCUCGUCAAAUGCCUGGAGAGGGAUGACAAUCCCUCGUUGCAGUUUGAAGCUGCCUGGGCUUUGACCAACAUCGCGUCGGGGACCUCGGCACAGACGCAGGCCGUGGUCAAAUCCAAUGCUGUUCCCUUGUUUUUGAGACUGCUCCAUUCCCCUCAUCAGAAUGUGUGUGAGCAGGCCGUGUGGGCGCUGGGCAACAUCAUUGGUGAUGGUCCUCAGUGUCGAGACUACGUCAUUUCCCUGGGUGUGGUCAAACCUCUAUUAUCAUUUAUUAAUCCAUCCAUCCCCAUCACUUUCCUGAGGAACGUCACUUGGGUUAUCGUUAACCUGUGCCGAAACAAAGACCCUCCCCCACCAAUGGAAACAGUACAGGAGAUCCUCCCUGCCCUGUGUGUCCUCAUAUACCACACAGACAUAAAUAUUCUCGUAGAUACAGUGUGGGCCUUAUCGUACCUAACAGAUGGAGGAAACGAGCAGAUACAAAUGGUCAUAGACUCAGGUGUCGUCCCCUUCCUUGUCCCCCUGCUCAGCCACCAAGAGGUCAAAGUUCAGACGGCAGCACUGAGGGCAGUGGGUAACAUUGUGACGGGGACAGACGAGCAGACUCAGGUGGUGCUCAACUGUGAUGUGCUCUCUCAUUUCCCCAAUCUGCUCACACACCCCAAAGAGAAGAUCAACAAGGAGGCCGUGUGGUUCCUGUCCAACAUCACCGCAGGGAACCAGCAGCAGGUGCAAGCUGUGAUAGAUGCAGGGCUCAUCCCCAUGAUCAUACACCAGCUGGCCAAGGGAGAUUUUGGUACACAGAAAGAGGCAGCAUGGGCCAUCAGCAACUUAACAAUAAGCGGAAGAAAAGAUCAGGUGGAGUACUUGGUGCAGCAGAAUGUGAUCCCUCCUUUUUGUAACCUGCUCUCGGUGAAGGACUCGCAGGUGGUUCAAGUGGUUUUAGACGGCUUGAAGAACAUCCUGAUUAUGGCGGGCGAGGAGGCCAGCACCAUCGCCGAGAUCAUCGAGGAGUGUGGAGGACUGGAAAAGAUUGAAAACCUGCAACAGCAUGAAAACGAGGAUAUCUACAAACUCGCGUUUGAAAUCAUUGACCAGUACUUUUCAGGAGAUGAUAUCGACGAAGACCCAAGUCUGAUCCCCGAAGCCACACAAGGCGGCACGUUCAACUUCGACCCCACAUCCAACCUCCAAACCAAGGAGUUUAAGUUCUAAUAGAGCCAAGUUAGAACUCAAACCAGGGUGGGGUCUCCUGCUGCUGUCCUUCCCCCGCUGCCCACUCACCACGAUCACAACCAACCAUCACCUAUCAACCUGCAACUCACUAACCUGACAAAACCAAUCAAAAUGCAUAAAAUCUACAGGUGUAACUUGCACUGAAGGAUACGAAUGUCUCUCCCGAGCAUCACCCGAGUUCGGAGUGAAGUCUAAACAUUUUGCAAGAAGAAGAGGGAGGAGACAACGACUUUGGUCAUACUGCAAUUGCCAAAAGGAAAAAAAAUUAAAAAUCUGCUGUUUUGCUCACUCGCACAUACACAAACACACAGACUUAAGUCAUAUAUGUGCAUCGACAUUUCUAGAAAGUUCUUCUACCAGCCAUCGUAUCAGCCGAUUUGGAAGACGGGAAGGGUGGGGUAGACAAACCAGUGUUUUUUUUUUUGUUGUUGUUGUCGUCGUUGUUUAUUUUUUCUCUCCUUUCAAGAAAUUUAUCUCACCAGGAUGUCGCAGCCCAAUGUCGAUGUUAAUUCUAGAGAGCUAGGACAGACACCCUAUAUUAAGACAUCCAGCCUCUGCUCUGCUAAGCCAUGUGGAACAUGCUUCCCCUUCUCAGAGGUGUCUGUGGACUUGUCUGUGGAGCAGUUCAUCCAGCAAGCGGGGGUCUUUUCAUUCUCUUUUUUUUUUUUUAUUGUGUGCAAAUAGCAUGUACGCUAGCACUGAUACUACUUCUUUUAUAAUUAUUUUUAUGAAGACAUCAUGGAACUGUGACAUGUUAAUGGAAAGUGGGGAAAUAACACAAUUAAGAAAUCACACAAAUGUACAUAUUCUAGUGUAACCAUGCUGAGUCACACAAAUGGUUUUUCAUUUUGUUUUUAUAAAUCUUGGCAUGGUACCAAAUGCCAUGUAAGAAAAGGAAAGGGAGGAGCCAUCAUUAAACACACCAAGGCGUAAAUUCAACAAGACUUUUUGAGGGAUGCCGCCAUCGCCGUUUGAAGUGUUUGUGGACCUCUACACACAUGACGGUCUGGAUCGUUCAGUAUCAUACACACACUUGAUUUGGGAGUAAUUCUUCAUUUUACCAUUUCAAAACAGAAGUUCGAACGAAUGCAAAAAAAAAAAAAAAGGAUGCUCAAUUUGAUCUCCCCCCCCCCCCCCCUUCUGUCACAUGUGAAGAAAAUAGAUUUUCUGUUUCAAUAAAAAAAAUUAAAAAGUAGGCUUAAAUCAUCAGCAGAGGAAAAACUUUGCAGAAGUGAUUGAACUGUGAUUAUUUUUUCUGUGGUGGAAAUGCUUCCACAUUUGCAGCUUUGAUUCAGUCUUAUAUGCACACUUUUGUCAUUAUUAUUAUUAUUAUUAUUUUGCCUAACUGUUCUUGGAAAGCGACAUUCGCUUAAUGUAUACACAAGCAAUGGAAAAUGGAGCUCCAUGGCAGUUUCUUGCUGUUUCUGUUUGUUAGAUUUAUUUGCUACGGAACGUAACUGUAUAAACUAAUAAAAGUAUCUUUCUUGUGUAAAGUAUAAACCGGAAAAGCUGCCACAAUUUAGAUGUUUGACAGGACAUUUGAGAACAAUAAUAACGCUGUUUAAAUGGGGUCUUCUUUGUUUUGAGAAUCACUUUCUUUGUGAGGGCGAAUAAGUGUAUUGAAACGGGCGUUUUAUUUAUGACUGGACAGUUGUACGUUUUUGUCCCUCAGCAUUUAAAUGUAAAGGGAUGUGUGGAAAAACAAACAUUUGCAUUCGGACUAAUGUAGUUGUGGUUUGGCUGCAGACUACUGAUGAAGAUUUGAGGACAAAUGGCAGCCCUGGUGGUUUUUAUUUCUUUUUUUUGUUUUUGUUUUUUUUCUUGUUUUGGGGGAGAAUUAUCCAUUUAUUAUUGAUGAACAAAGGCCUGCAUAGGUGUGAAAUUCAUGAACUUAUGUAGACACUUAUUUAAAAAAGAAAAAAAAAAAAGAGCCACUUUAAAGAAUAAAAAAAUUUGUCUUGUAUCCGAAACGGAUACAAGCUUAUUGCUGGUUGCAAGAUUUUUACUUGCUUAAGAGAAAAUGGGAGGAAAAAAAAAUGCAACAAAAAAAAUUACUGCGUCAGAUCGCAUUUUGGCCUCGAUUGUUUGUAUCUUUUUAUAAAUUUUAUCAUUAAAACACUCUUUAAGGUGGCUCAUCUGUAUUUUCUUCAACUCCUGUGCAUAUUAAAGAUGAACGAGUUGAAAUUCAUUGUGCCUUUUUUUUUUCAUUUUGAUUAAAUAAAUUAAAAGCAGAGCAAAUCUUAAUAGUGCUAAGCAGUGGAGGUGUUUUAAAAAUGGGGUCUGUCAGAUGUCACGUCUCCUUUCUGGAGUGUUUUUUUUUUUCUUCUUUUUCUUCCCUUUUCUUUGAGCCAGUUACACUUACAGUGAGGCUCUUUGCUGUGCUCUGGACUAUACAGUAAUUCUAUUUAAAUUCUAUGCUGAUUCUCCUGGCUGACUUGUAAUUGUUCCCUUUCCUCCUUCUUCAUUCACACUGCCCCCCCUAUGCACUACCCACAAUUCCACUGCUCUCCACGGCAACACGACAUAUUUCACUCCUCACUCCCUCAGGACGUGCUUUAUGUAUCGAUUAUUCUAACCAAAAUAAACUUGCUGUUAGCCAUCUGUUCUUUA